AUGGGCACAAUAAUAAGUAAAGACACAAGACGUAUUAGUUUUGAUAAUACAAUAUCUAUGAACCCAAUUCUUAUUAAAAAAACCAUAACUGAUAAUGAUGAAUUAGUAAAUAAUAAUAGCUAAAUAUUGCAGACACAACUUAGUAAAUUAACUUUCAAAGAUAGUACGGAUUUUAUUAAAAUGCAUGAUGACGACCAAGAUUACUGGACACAAAGAAUGGAUCGUUUGAAGAAUGAACAUCAAGUAAUCAAUAAUAUUAUUGAAAAUGAAUAUAAAGUAUCAAUUGAAAAAACUGACAAGCUAUUUAAAAGGCAAGAGAUUGCUCAGGAAAGAAUUCAAAAAUUGAAACCUUGUCUUGAUUGGCGUUCUAAGGCCCCUGAUAUUAAUGAUUUUACUAUAGUGAAGCCUAUAAGUCGCGGUGCCUUUGGAAAAGUAUUUCUUGCACAUAAAAAGAACAAUAAGGAACAAUUAUAUGCCAUCAAAGUAAUGAAGAAGUCGGAAAUGAUAAAUAAGAAUAUGGUUACUCAAGUUGUUACUGAAAGAAAUGCAUUAGCCCUAGCAAGAAGUCCGUUUUGUGUACAUUUAUUUUAUUCACUACAGUCAGCAUCGUCAGUAUAUCUGGUGAUGGAGUACAUGGUAGGAGGUGAUAUGAAAUCAUUGCUGGGUGUCUAUGGGUUUUUAGAAGAGUCUAUGGCUGUGUUUUAUGUGGCAGAGGUGGUGUUGGCUUUGGAUUAUUUGCAUAAACACAAUAUAGUUCAUAGAGAUUUGAAACCCGAUAAUAUGUUGAUAUCGAGAACUGGUCAUGUCAAGCUUACAGACUUUGGGUUAUCAAAAAUUGAAAUACAUCGAGAUCUGGAGAUAUCUGAUUUUGUUAAUCGGACACCAAGUCUUAAUAUGCGGACACCUGGUCAGCUGUUAUCACUUACUUCUCAUCUUUCUUUCGGUUCAGGGGGUGGAGAUACUACACAUAAUUCUGCUGUUGAAACUUGUGAGAACCUUCUUGAUGAACUUAAAGAGACUACAAAACUGAAAUGUGCUUUUCGUGGUAUUGACACACUAGAGAAUUCACCUUUACUAGAUCAUUCACAUUUAUCAGGCAUACAUCCGUUUAUGAGUGCAGAAAGUAUAAGUUUAGGAGAUGUUACUAGUCAAGAUUCAGGUUCAGAGUCGUUAAGCUCCUAUCACACCUGUGAAAGUUCCAAAAACAGUACAAAUUCAAAAAGUAACAAGUCCACAGACGUCAGUAGCACUAACGAGUCUUCUGUUGAGUCUAAUGUAUUCAUUGAUUCUCAGCAUGAUCAGUCUACGUCACCAUUGUGUAGAGGACAGUCUUUAAAAAGGAUACCUAGCUUCCGUGCCAAGAAGAGAAAAAGAAUUUUAGACUGUGAUGGGGACACACCAACAGGGGUUACAAGUCUUGCAGAAUCAAAGGAGAAUCAUAGUGGAUUAACACAAGAAAUUAUGGCAUUAGAACUAGAUGUUACUCAAAACACACCUAAAAGAAUGUCAAUACAUCCUACACCUGAAAGACGUAAAAAUCCAUUAAAAGGAGUAUUGAAAAAAAGAUGGGCUUCACAGAAUGAUAGUCAUAGUUUUAAUGUUGGAGUGAUAUUCUCAACCCCAGUACCCAACAAUAAUUCACCAGGAGAAGUAAAGAAAGCGACGAGGUUUAAUCUGCCACUUGAUGAAACAAUUUCAAGUUGCAAGGAGAAAACAUUUACAUUUGGUAAACACAUUUCCACAAGUUUGGAGAUAUUUCCUACAAGAAGACUGAGCAAGGGUGAAGAUAGUAAAUCUCCAACUGAUACAUGUAAAACACCUAUAGCUACUGCGCACACUCCAUAUCGAACACCAAAGAGUGUGCGAAGAGGUAACCAAGUCUCAGAUCAAAGGAUUCUUGGGACUCCUGACUAUCUUGCUCCAGAACUGUUGUUGAGGCUAGGACAUGGGCCAUCUGUUGAUUGGUGGGCAUUGGGCGUGUGUCUCUACGAGUUCAUGACUGGCGUGCCACCUUUCAAUGACGAAACGCCUCAAGCCGUUUUUAACAAUAUUCUUUCAAGAAACAUAGAGUGGCCAGAGGGCGACGAGGCGCUGUCGGCGGAGGCGGUGGGCGCCAUCGAGGCGCUGCUGACGGUGGACGCUAGCCAGCGGCCGGGCGCCGCCGCCGUGCGCGCCAUGCCGCUGUUCCGCGCCGUGGACUGGGACAACCAGCUGCGCGCCGCGCCGCCCUUCGUGCCCGCCCUCGACGACAUCUACGACACCGGCUACUUCGAAGCUCGCAACAUUCUGCAGCACCUCCAUGUAUCAAAUUUUGAUAUGUGACUUACAUAAGAUUAUAAUUAUUAGUCAAUUAAAAUGUGUGAUAUUGUAUAUAAAUAUAUCUAGUUGAAUUUAAAAUAGUUAAAUAUCGCCUAAAACUAUGUAGUUGUUUAUGUAUUUGUAAUAAUUACUACAAUUUGUAUCGAUUUCAAUUUAAUUUUAUUAUUUAAUUAAACAACAUAUCAAGGUAUUCGUUUAUUUAUUUAUAGUACUUAAACUAUAUUGGCACAAUUUAAAGGCGUAAUAUUCGUAUUUAAUGAGUAUAAAA